CUUUUCCCUAAAGCAUUACUGGCAUGUGUCAAAAUUAUUUGUUCUGAUACAUUCAUGUCAUUCAUCAAAUAUUUAUAAAAUUAAAAAGAAACUCCAUAAAGUUCUUCAGUUACUUUGAGCAUGUAAGGUUGGUGAUUGUGAUUUCGCAUUGCGCAUGAGAACUUGCGUGUUGGAUUCCUUUGUCCAUUCUGUUCAUUUUUUUUAGCUUUACGUUAUUAAUGUCGAGCCGGUGAUUAUAUGAUUUUUUUACGUGAAUACUUCUAACAACAGACUUAUAAAAUUGUGUCUUUUCGUGUCCGAUGUCUAGUGCUGGAAUCGCAGACAGCUCCAUCGAUCCACCAGCAAAAAAGCGGAAGCUUGACUCGAAACUAGCUACCCCCGAAAUGGCGAAUUGUGAAGCAUCAGGAUCCUCCAAUGUCGGAGACAUCGACGAGGGAUUGUACUCCAGACAGCUGUACGUAUUGGGACACGAUGCUAUGCGCCGCAUGGCCAACAGUGAUGUACUCGUAUCAGGAUUAGGAGGUUUGGGUGUCGAAGUAGCUAAAAAUGUGAUCCUCGGUGGUGUCAAAUCAGUGACUCUGCAUGACGAUGCUCUUUGCACCGUGCAGGAUUUAUCGUCCCAAUUUUAUCUAACGGAAUCCGAUGUAGGCAAAAACCGCGCUGAAGCUUGCUGCAAGCAGCUUUCAGAACUUAACACUUACGUCCCGACCAAAGCUUACACGGGGCCCUUAGAUGAGAAAAUCAUAAAGAAAUUCAGGGUUGUGGUUUUAACUACGAGUACUCGUGCCGAACAGAUACGUAUCAGCGAAAUAACUCACGCUAAUGAUAUUGCUUUAAUCAUCGCUGAUACGAAAGGUCUUUUUGCUCAGGUUUUCUGCGAUUUUGGUAAAUCUUUCUCCGUGGUGGACGUAAACGGUGAAACACCGGUAUCUACGAUGAUAGCAGACAUCUCCAGUGAUAAAGACAGCGUCGUAACUUGCAUAGACGACACGAGACACGGUAUGGAAGAAGGAGACUAUGUAACUUUCUCUGAAAUACAAGGUAUGACUGAAUUAAACCACUGUAAACCAAUAAAAAUCAAAGUAUUAGGCCCUUACACGUUCAGCAUUGGUGAUACCACUAAUUUCACAAAAUACGUACGUGGCGGUAUCGUUUCUCAAGUCAAGAUGCCGAAAGAAUUGAAUUUCAAACCUUUAAAAGAAUCCUUACAGAAUCCUGAAUUCGUUAUAACCGAUUAUGCUAAGUUUGAUCACCCUGUGCAGUUACACUUGGCUUAUACAACUCUGCACAAGUAUGUAGAAAAGACAGGCAGAUUGCCUAAACCUUGGAACAAUGAUGAUGCUUCUCAGUUCAUCACUUUAGCUAAAUCUUUGGCCGUGAACGGGUCUACAGAUGCAGAAGUUAAUACAGAUAUUUUGGAAGUGUUUUCAAAAGUGUGUGCUGGGGAAUUGAACCCUAUUAAUGCUACGAUCGGGGGCAUCGUGGCUCAGGAGGUUAUGAAGGCUUCUUCUGGGAAGUUCCAUCCCAUUUAUCAAUGGUUGUACUUCGAUGCCAUUGAGUGUUUGCCUCAAGAGAAAACUGAAAUUACCGAGGAACUAGCGGCUCCUACUGGUAGCAGAUAUGAUGGACAGAUUGCUGUGUUUGGAAAGGAUUUCCAGAAAAGAUUGGGCGAACUCAAGUAUUUCGUGGUCGGCGCUGGAGCCAUCGGCUGCGAAUUAUUGAAAAACUUCGCUAUGGUCGGUCUGGGUUCUAGAGGCGGUCAAAUAACUGUCACCGAUAUGGAUCUGAUUGAAAAAUCUAAUCUGAACAGACAAUUUUUGUUUAGACCCAGCAACGUACAGCAACCCAAGUCGGCCACUGCUGCUAAGGUAAUAAAAAAAAUGAACCCAGAAGUCAACAUCAUAGCUCACGAGAACCGGGUGGGCCCCGAAACAGAAAACGUCUACAAUGACGACUUUUUCGAGGCUCUAGACGGCGUAGCCAACGCUUUAGACAACGUCGACGCCAGAAUAUACAUGGACAGACGGUGCGUCUACUACCGCAAACCCCUACUGGAAUCCGGUACGUUAGGCACCAAAGGUAACACGCAGGUCGUGGUACCGUUCCUCUCCGAGUCUUACAGCUCAUCCCAAGAUCCCCCAGAGAAGAGCAUUCCGAUAUGUACCCUGAAGAACUUCCCCAACGCUAUAGAACACACUCUACAAUGGGCCAGAGACAAUUUCGAAGGUUUGUUCAAGCAGAACGCCGAAAACGCUUCGCAAUAUCUCACCGAUCCGGAUUUCAUCGAUAGAACCCUCAAAUUACCCGGCGUCCAACCGCUGGAAGUAUUGGAAUCCGUCAAAGCGGCUCUGGUCGACGAAAGACCGAAAGAUUUCGACGAUUGCCUGGCCUGGGCUCGAUUGCACUGGGAAGAACAGUACGCCAAUCAGAUCAAACAGUUGCUGUUCAAUUUCCCGCCGGAUCAGUUGACCAGCACCGGCCAACUGUUCUGGUCGGGGCCAAAGAGAUGUCCAGAGCCGUUGGAGUUCGACGUCUGCACUGAUUUGCAUUUGGAUUACGUCUUGGCGACGGCUAAUUUGAAGGCGCAAGUUUACGGAAUUCCCACCAGUAGGGAUAGAUGUCACGCCAAGCAUGUGCUCAGCAAAGUUGAUGUGCCGAAGUUCGUGCCGAAAUCGGGCGUCAAGAUCGCCGUGACCGAUUCACAGAUGGCCAUGAACGGCAACAACGUUGAUCUAGAUCGCGUGACUCAAAUAAGAGAGGAGCUGCCCUCGGUUGCGGAGUUGAGCGGAUUGCGUCUGACGCCUCUCGAGUUCGAGAAGGACGACGAUUCCAAUUUCCACAUGGAUUUUAUAGUGGCCGCGUCCAACUUGAGAGCCGCCAAUUACAAGAUACCCGCCGCCGAUAGGCACAAGUCGAAGUUGAUCGCUGGCAAGAUAAUUCCGGCCAUAGCGACCACCACGUCCGUCGUAGCCGGUCUGGUGUGCCUCGAGUUAUAUAAGUUGGCCAGAAGCACUAAGAGCUUGACGCCGUUCAAGAAUGGCUUCGUAAACUUGGCGUUGCCGUUCUUCGGUUUCUCGGAGCCGAUCGCCGCGUCUAAGAUGGACUAUUGCGGCAAUCAGUGGACGCUGUGGGAUAGAUUCGAGGUACAGGGCGAGAUGACGUUGAGCGAGUUCUUGGAGUAUUUCAAGGAGAAGCACGGUUUGGAGAUUACGAUGCUGUCGCAAGGCGUGUGCAUGCUGUACUCAUUUUUCAUGGCCAAAGCCAAGGCUCAAGAACGGUUAGGCCUCACGAUGUCCGAAGUGGUCAGAAGGGUGUCCAAAAAGAAGAUCGAACCGCACGUCAAAGCGCUCGUAUUCGAGUUGUGCUGUAACGACGCCGACGGCGAAGACGUCGAAGUUCCUUACGUGAAAUACAACUUGUGUUGAGCGCAUAACCAUCCAGUUCAGUCACUCAACCAACCACACGAACAUUUGGAAGUUGUUGCGCUGAGAGGUCGGCGUCCCAUUUCAGAAAAAUCGGAUCGUUUUAAUCGAUUAUUGAAUCGAUUCGAAUCGGUCGCGGGAGGUUUUUUAUUCGAUUUUAAAAGUUGGCAUCAGUGUAUUUGGAGGGAAUUUAGUUUGUUUUCAAUUCUAUUAUCGCAAAAAAUGAAGUGUUUUUGACAGUUUUUUUUUUUAUUCUCGAUUGGUGUGUGAAUUCUUUCUUGAUGUCAAAUUAUGGUUUUUUUAUGUUUAAAAAUGCGAAAAAAAUAGGUAAAUAACUUUUUAAAAAAUUAAUUACAAUUUUAAUUAUGAUCUAUUUAUCAAAAAUAAAAAAGUAUUAUUUUUAUAUUUUUUAUGUACCUAGCGAGAAAAAAUGUGGGCGCUGACCUUUCAGAACUGGACUAGAGAUUUUUGCACGACUGGGACAAUGUGAUCUAUUUAAAUUAUUAAUUAUAUCUUUCAAACCCGACCUCAAUGAUUAGUUUUUGCGGUAAUUAAUUCGAUAUAUUUUUUUUGUUUUCGAAGGAAAGCAGUUUUUUUAAUAAAUUUAUUACUAUAUUAUAAUUAAAAGAUAUUUUGAAGGGUUUUUUUAGCAUUUAAACUACGCUGAUGCAAUAUAUUAAUAUAAAUAACUUAGUAGGAAGUCUCGUUAUUAUUUUUAUGGAAAUCGUAGUUUGCAAGGUAACAGUUAUUAUUUUCUUAAAUAUUUUCAUGUGUGAGAAUCAAAUAAAUAUUUACAGAAUG